CAAAUUUUACCAAGUCCUAAACACCAUCAUGGACUCCUCCAAGCUUUCAGCUCUGUUCCUCAUUUUCAUGCUCUUCAUCUCCUCAGCCACCCCUAUUCUUGGCUGUGCCCCUUGUUCCAAGCCCCCUCCCCAGCACAAGCCCCCUUUCCACCACAAGCCCCCUUUCCACCACAAGCCACCCAAAGGAAAGCCCCCCAUUACUCGUCCUCCCAUUGUUAAGCCUCCUAUCACCGUGCCACCGGUUGUUCCUCCCAUUGUUAAACCUCCCAUUACAGUCCCUCCCAUCACUGUCCCUCCCAUUGUUAAACCUCCCAUUACAGUCCCUCCCGUUACAGUCCCUCCCAUCACAGUCCCUCCCAUUAUUAAGCCACCGAUCACCGUCCCUCCUGUCGUGACUCCUCCAGUGAAUAAACCACCGGUGGGAACGCCUUGCCCACCGCCACCUGCCUCAGCGACGUGCCCAAUUGACACAUUGAAGCUGGGUGCUUGUGUGGAUCUUCUUGGCGGAUUGGUGCACAUUGGUCUUGGAGACCCUGUCGCCAAUGAGUGCUGUCCGGUUCUUUCAGGACUCGUUGAGCUGGAAGCUGCUGUCUGCUUGUGCACUACUCUCAAGAUCAAGCUACUCAACCUUAACAUCUAUGUCCCACUUGCUCUUCAACUCCUUAUCACUUGUGGAAAGACACCCCCUCCUGGUUACACCUGCACUGUUUAGAUCAAAGGUUGCUAGACUGAUGGAUGCAUGGAAAAGUGGACAUGAGAGGAUGUCAACCAUCAUCCUUCACUCAACUCUCUCUCUCCCUCUUUCUAUCUUCUUUUUCUUUCUCUCUUCCUUUACUCCUUUUUCUCUUCUUGAUUGGUACUGUUAGCUAAUGUUUGGCUCUACUGUACACCAUUUGUUUUUAUGAGAUUGUCGCAAUGUGUGUUUUGUCUAAGACAAGGAUGCUUUUUCUUUUUGUAAUUUUUUAAUUGGAUUCCCACUUUCAUGCAAUCUAUGUGAUUCAUGUCCUUCUUACCAACUCAA